AUGGAUCUGACCAACAGGUCCCAUCAUAACCCCUCCAUCCUCCAUGUAGAGUUCAGCCCUCUCAGUGACUUUAUGGAGGAGAAUGACACCAACAUCACCUCCGGGGACCCAAACUCGUUCAGCUGCGUGCAGGUUCGGAUCCCUCAGGAGCUCUUCCUAGCCCUAGGGCUCAUCAGCCUGGUGGAGAACAUCCUAGUGGUUCUAGCCAUCUUCAAGAACCGGAACCUGCACUCUCCCAUGUACUACUUUAUCUGCUGCCUGGCGGUGUCCGACAUGCUGGUGAGUGUGAGCAACGUAGUGGAGACGAUUUUUAUGCUCCUCAACGACCACGGCCUGCUGGACUUGCACCCUGGCAUGCUGCGCCACCUGGACAACAUCAUUGACGUGAUGAUCUGCAGCUCUGUGGUGUCCUCGCUCUCUUUUCUGUGCACCAUCGCCGCGGAUCGAUACAUCACCAUCUUUUACGCGCUGCGCUACCAUAGCAUCAUGACGACGCAGCGCGCCGUCACCAUCAUCGCGGUGGUGUGGCUAGCCAGCAUCACCUCGAGCAUCCUUUUCAUCGUGUACCACACCGACAACGCAGUUAUCGUGUGCCUCGUGACCUUCUUCUGCAUCACGCUGGUGUUUAAUGCCGUGCUCUACCUGCACAUGUUCCUCCUGGCACACCUGCACUCCCGGCGCAUCGUGGCUUUCAACAAAAGUAGGCGCCAAUCCACGAGCAUGAAAGGUGCGAUCACCCUCACAAUUCUCCUUGGUGUCUUCAUUUUGUGCUGGGGCCCCUUCUUCCUCCACCUCAUCCUCAUCCUCACCUGUCCCACCAGCCCCUUCUGCAACUGCUUCUUCAGAAACUUUAACCUCUUCCUCAUCCUCAUCAUCUGUAACUCGCUCAUCGAUCCGCUCAUCUACGCGUACCGGAGCCAAGAGCUGCGUAAAACUCUACAGGAGCUGGUUCUGUGCUCCUGGUGUUUCGGAGUGUAA